GAAAUCAACUUACUCACUCGUCUCCGCGUGUAGGUGGCUCUAACUCUAUUCCAUUCCACUCCUCUUUGGGAACAAGAGAGAGUAGUACCGUUAGAUUAGCCGCGUUUUUCAAAAGUACUUUUUUCUGUUCAGACCAUGGGAAUUGAAAGAGGAGGCUUGAAGGGGUUCAGGAGCGGCUGGACCGUGCCGCCAAAGCCAUGUGACUCCUGCAAACUGGCUUCGGCGGCGCUUUUCUGCCGCCCCGAUUCCGCUUUUCUCUGCAUCGCUUGCGACUCCAAGAUUCACUGCGCCAACAAGCUGGCGUCGCGCCACGAGCGCGUCUGGAUGUGCGAGGUCUGCGAGCAGGCCCCCGCGGCUGUCACGUGCAAGGCUGACGCCGCCGCUCUCUGUAUCACGUGCGACUCAGACAUCCACUCUGCCAACCCCCUCGCGCGCCGCCACGACCGCGUCCCCGUUGAGCCUUUCUUCGACUCCGCCGACUCCAUCGUCAAGGCCUCCGCCGCUGCCUCCUUCGGCUUCAUCGUCCCCUCCGACGACGCCACCGCUGCCUCCGAUGCCUUCGCCCCCGACGACACUGACGCAGCCGCCUGGCUCAUCCCUAACCCCAAUUUCGGGUCGAAACUCAUGGACGCCCCUGACAUCAAGUCCAAGGAGAUCUUCUACUCAGAAAUGGACCCCUUCCUCGACUUCGAUUACUCAAACUCCUUCCACAACAGCGCCGGAAACGACAGCGUCGUUCCGGUUCAAACCAAACCUUCCCUCGCUCCUUCCCUCAUCAAUAACCACCACCAAUCAGAAAGCUGCUUCGACAUCGAUUUUUGCCGCACCAAGCUCUCCUCCUUUAACUACCCAUCCCAGUCUCUCAGCCAAAGCGUUUCGUCGUCAUCGCUUGAUGUUGGAGUGGUGCCGGACGGGAACACCGUGUCGGAGAUGUCGUACUCGUUCGGGCGGAACAGUUCGGAAUCGAGUGGGAUUGGUUUGUCCGGAGUAAGUGGAGGGCAAGGGGCGACGCAGUUGUGUGGGAUGGACCGUGAAGCGAGGGUGCUGCGAUACAGAGAGAAGAGGAAGAACCGAAAGUUCGAGAAAACCAUUCGAUACGCUUCGCGGAAGGCUUAUGCGGAAACCCGGCCCAGGAUAAAAGGGCGGUUCGCGAAGCGAGCCGAAAUUGACUCGGAUGUGGAGCGUCUGUACAGCCCUGGCGCUGCGUCGCUGAUGCUGGACAGUCCAUACGGCGUCGUACCGUCGUUUUAGUCUGUAUAAAAGAGGGAACGAUGGCGGGAUGGUGCAUGAAUCUAGUGUCGGGAAAUCUUAGAAUAAUGAUUAGUGAUUCUGUGGGAUUGAUUAUUAGGGAAAAAGGUGAAGAAUCGGUACGAACGUGAUUCUUACCUGGAACGCGAUGGGGAAGGUUGUUUCAUUAGGAUGGAGGAGAAAAGCCCGUUUACUUUUUUUUAAAGAACUUUAAAGGGGCUGCAUCUUCAUCUUCAGCUCGUGUAGAAUUAGAAUCUGUACUGUAAACUCUUUUCACUGCCUUACCUUCCCUGCUGUCUUUUUUAGUAUAAAAGUCUGUUUUUUCUAUCACCCCGAUCACGGAUCUCUUUCCCCCUUCUUAUUGGCUGCCAUUUCCAACUCUAUAUAUAUAAAUCACUUCUUCUUUAUUUUA